CAGCAGAGUUGCUCUGCCCCACUUCAAACAACGCGCGGAGGCGGAUGAGUGUCUGUCUCCUUUACUGACUGUGUGAGUGGACAAACCUACAAAACAUCCCCAAUGAAGACGAACUUCGGGAAGACGUUUAAGAUGAUUUCCUGCCAUCUUUAGCAUUUACAGUUGAAAAUAUGGCAACUGGAAGAGAAACCUGCUUCCCUCAUAAGGGAAGUCUGGUUCGAAGCAGGUCGGAGGGUACGCUGAUUGAUCUGGAUGAAAACACAUUGUGUGGUGAAAUUCCAAAAGGUGGAAAUGUGUCUCAGGGGAUUCAGAACUAUGACAAGUCAACAAAAAACCCUUUUUGGAACAAACUGUCUGGAUCUAAUCCUUUCUUAGAUGAUAUUGUCCAUAACAACACGGAAAAGCUUAUUUCCAACUCUUCCAAGACAUUCCCAAGGACUGUAAAACUGGAAACAGACAAUGCAGACAACAUUAGCACAUCAUCAGAUGAGGGCAAUGUGGGAAGCUUUCUGGAAAAGAAAAAUAAAGCCAACAACAGAUCUGGAAGAUGGAGGAGCGCCACUGACAUUCUGGAUGAAUUUGAACGAAAGGUACCAAAGAGGGUGAACAGCUUCAAACCACCCCAACCCGUCUUAAAUCCUGAUUUCGAGUGGCUAAAAAAUGACAGAGAAGCCUAUAAGAUGGCUUGGCUGAGCCACAGGCAGUUAACCCGAUCGUGCUUGGACCUAAACCUGAUGAGCCAAAGUCCUGGAUGGGCUCAGACUCAAGCGACAGAUUUUCAAGUCAUCUGCAAGAUCAGCCAUUCCGGAGGCUCGGUUCGGCUGCCAGACUCUGAAAUCAGUAUUCAUUUCCCAGAGGGACAUGUUCCUCAAGGUGAAGUACAGGAAGUAACACUGAAAGCGAUGCUAGAACCUCCUCCUGGACUCAACAACAACUACACAACCACAAUGAGUCCACUUCUGGAAGUGGUGCUUAGUAAUAUUAACACAAAGGGUAUGAUUUCCCUAAGGAUUAAGCUAUCCGGAGAGGUUCGGAGUGACCCCUUAAGCCAGGUUAUGACCACCGUGAUUGGACUUUUGUCUAGCAAACGAGAAGGACCUUAUAUCAGCGUAGACGACUGCCAUGUUUUAAAAAACACGAUGCACAUGAAGCUCCAGCACUUGAAGACGCAUUUUUACGUGAUAGCAGUCGCUGAAGCCUCCGCUAUCCAGUAUCCGGCGACAUCGGUCUGGGAUUACCUUCACCGCCAAAUCACGGUUGCCGUUUACGGCCCCAGGUACAUCCACCCGUCUUUUAAGGUUGUAAUAGUGGUGUGCUGUCACGAGGACGUACCACCGAAGCUUCCCUUUUCGGAUAUCUGCAGAGGAAACAAGCAUCUGCCUCCACUGGUGCUGCAGCUCUGGGGAAUGCAUCGCUUUGGAACCGACAACCUGCGUGACCUGUUUAUCACCGUUAGCCUCAUAGGCUCCAAAUUUCAAAUCCAACAUGAGGACAAAGUGAAAGAAGUCAGGCAAAGUCAACUGAAAAUCGGCUCAGUUUUGCAUCUACCGGUUGGCUUAUUGUGUAAAAACAGCAAAGACAUGACGUCUUUUCAGGCGGAGCUGCAAGUGGCGGAGUCCAAUUCUUCAAAUGUUACUCAUUUCCGGGUCUCUUCUCCUGCUGUGGCACCGGUACGAUGUGAAAAACGAAUUUCAAAACAGAUAAGUAGAAAAAGAGAAGCUGAAAUAUCUGGAAAUUCCCAUAUUCCCGAGGAACAAAUUCCAGAUCUACCCAAAUUUAACGACCGACCCGUGAACCUAAAAUGGUACGGUGUAGCCCUGAAGUCAGUUCUCCGUCAACCACGUGUGGACUACCUACUGGAGUACUUCAAAGGGGAUACAGUGGCUCUCCUAUCCAAGCAGACCGUUAGAUCCGUGGGGAAUUCAAGAGGAAAGGAAUGGUACAUUGGAUUCCUCCGAGGCAGGACUGGUUUAGUCCACUGCAAAAACAUCAAGCUCAUUACGUCCGAUCAAGUCAUUGACUUUACCGGCAUUCACGUGACCACAGAGACGCUCCUGGACAACAUGACACUACCUUUUAAGAAGCUUACGUAUAUGUACUCCGCUAUACAGACGCUGGUCACAGAACACGUGACAAGCUGGAGAAGUUUUGCAAAUGCUUUAGGUUAUAAGAAUCUAUCGCUGGAUACCAUCACUCGUAGAUUUGCUGAAACAGAGGCUGAUAAGGUGGCAUGCGUCUUGGAAAAGCUGAAGGAAGACUGCCAUGCCGAAAAAAGCGGGAAGAAAUUCCUUCACGAGCUCAUGGUUGGCCUGUUAAAGAUGGACAGCAUCUAUCUUGUGGCCCAGCUGAUUCAGAAUACAGUCAUCCUAUCCACUGCUGUGGAGCUGGGGAUUCGAUGGCGGGAACUCGCUGAAAAAGUGGGAAAACUGACCAGCGCUCAGAUAGCUGCCUAUGAGGCGCCACACAGAGGGAAGACUGGAGAUGUUGGGCCUCAGUUAAUGUGGAAACCUGCCUACGACUUCCUGUUCUCCUGGAGUCAGCGUUACGGAUCCAGUUACAAAGACAUGAUUCAGGAUCUCCACCUGAUCCUAGAUAAGAUGAAGAACCCCGUCGCCAGACAGUGGAGACAGCUGACCGGCGCUCUCAUUACGGUGAAUUGCCUCGAUGUCUUUCGAGCAUCGGCAUUCCCAAAAACCUAAGAAAAAUGUCGGUGCACUUCUACAGGAAGUAAGCAUAAGUGUUUUAAGAUGGGACUGAAGUCUUUCUUCUAAACUGCAGCUGUGAGAUCCGAGAAAAUGACAAAGAUGAAGGUAGUCAUUACUUGUUAAUGCAUUAUAUUUUGCUACUCAAAUGUACUUUGUAGACAAUUUGAGUCUUUUUAAUAAUAGAAGUCAUCACCAAAAAAAUGUGAAAAAACUAAUCAUGUUGCUGAUAAACUGACUGCCUUCAACUUUUAUACACUAUUUUCCUAAAAGCUCUUGUAAAGUGACAAUUUACUGAUUUUUUUUUUAAAUUGUAAUGAAAUAUAUUAGACUGAUAUUUUAUUAUUUUAUAGACAUGGUAAAUUAUUUUAUACUUCACUGCAAUAUAGAUCGUUGUUUAGAGUGGUGCCAUACAAGUUUGUAAUGUGCUAUACUGAAUUGAAGUGUUAUAUUUAGUACAUAUAUGAACUGUAAUAAAUAAUAGUAUCGUUGAAACGAAUUAGAUUUUUCUCACAUUUGUCUUUGCUAACAGUGUUUUUUUUUUUUUUUUUUUUUUAGCUUAAGUCGUGGGCCGCCUCGUGUUCUGUUUCAGACAAUGCUGAACACUUUGAAUUUACUUAAACUGACGAAAGACGCCGGAGGCUAACUUAAAUAGAUCUGGAAUGUAUAGAGGGCUACAUUACAGAGCCAACUGAUUCAAUCUCUAAAAAAAAGUCAAUCCCAGACACCCUGGUGCCACAAGCAUCUCCUGAUGCACAACUUGUAUAAAAAGAUAUUAACCACUGUGCAAUAAAACUACAAAGUAAGACUACUCACCCUUUAAAUACACCGGACAGACAUAAAAUGGAGAAGGAACAGGAAGGUUUCGCCUGAACUACACUGCCAAUUAUUAAUAAUGCUGGUAUUAAUACGUGCAUUGAUAGUAGAUAGAGCCUUGUUAGUUUGGAAAACAUAUUUGGUAAUGGUAAUGGUUUUAUCAGAUUACAAUUGAAUGCAUCACAUAAUCAGUU